AUAACCAGCUUCACGUGACAGCUUAGCGUGAUCUCCUUUGUUCAGUUUAGUGAAGCUGGAUCAGGAAAAGACAUCUGGGAUAUGUUGAACUGACUUCGUAGUAAACCCCUCAGCUUAUCCUUCACAUUCUCGGGGAGUGACUCCAGCAGCUGGACUCUGUCAGUGUCGUUGCUGUAGUGACAGCUCUAACAGCAGGGGGCGCUCUGCCAUGGAUCUGUGUGAGGCCCCGGAGGAGGCAGCCCCUCCCUCUAAAACCUCUCAGUUUGAGGAAGAUGAAGCUCAGAGGAGGCAGAAACCGGACUCUCCUGGACUUAGCUGUGUGUCCCUCAAGUCUAUGUCGUUUCAUCUAGACUUUAAAGGAGGACCUGCUGAUGGAGGGAAGCAGAGACUGGACUCUCCUGGACCCAGCUGUGUGUCCUUCAAGACUGACAAGUCUAUGCCGUUUUUUAUAGACUUUAAAGAUAAAGGACCUGCUGAUGGAGGAAUUCAGCAGGAGGACUCAGAACUCAGUGAUCAGCCCAUCCAGCAGAAUCAAACAGACCUGGAGUCCAGAUUCAAGCUGCUCGGGGAGGACAUGAACGCCUUUGUGAGGAAAGAGCUAAAGAGAGCCCAGAGGGUUCUGACAUCAGAUUACCCAGCAUCCUUAGAGAAUGAGGAUGAAGGGCAGAGGAGGAGCAGAGAAGCGUUUCUGGAGAUCACUCUACACCUUCUGAGGAAGAGGGGGGAGGAGCAGCUGGCUGACUGUCUGUGGAGCAAAACUGUUGUUCCAGUGUGCGGACACAAACUGAAGUCUCACCUGAAGGAGAAGUUCCAGUGUGUGUUUGAGGGUAUCGCUAAAGCAGGAAACCCGACCCUCCUGAACCAGAUCUACACAGAGCUCUACAUCACAGAGGGAGGGACUGGAGAGGUCAAUGAUGAACAUGAGGUCAGACUGAUUGAAACAGCAUCCAGGAAACAACACAGAGCAGAAAUGACUAUAAAGAAAGAAGACAUCUUUAAACCCUUACCUGAGAGGGCUGAACCAAUCAGAACAGUGCUGACAAAGGGAGUGGCUGGCAUCGGGAAAACAGUCUUAACACAGAAGUUCACUCUGGACUGGGCUGAAGACAAAACCAACCAGGACAUCCAGUUCACAUUCCCCUUCACUUUCAGAGAGCUGAAUCUGCUGAGAGAGGAAAAGUUCAGCUUGGUGGAACUUGUUCAUCACUUCUUUACUCAAACCAGAGAAGCAGGACUCUGCAGGUUUGAAGAGUUCCAGGUUUUGUUCAUCUUUGACGGUCUGGAUGAGUGUCGGCUUCCUCUGGACUUCCACAACAAUCAGAUCCUGACUGAUGUUACAGAGUCCACCUCAGUGGAUGUGCUGCUGACAAACCUCAUCAGGGGGAACCUGCUCCCCUCUGCUCGCCUCUGGAUAACCACACGACCUGCAGCAGCCAAUCAGAUCCCUCCUGAGUGUGUUGACAUGGUGACAGAGGUCAGAGGGUUCACAGACCCUCAGAAGGGAGAGUACUUCAGGAAGAGAUUCAGAGACCAGGAGCAGUCCAGCAGAGUCAUCUCCCACAUCAAGACAUCCCGAAGCCUCCACAUCAUGUGCCACAUCCCGGUCUUCUGCUGGAUCACUGCUACAGUUCUGGAGGAUGUGCUGAAGACCAGAGAGGGAGGAGAGCUGCCCAGGACCCUGACUGAGAUGUACAUCCACUUCCUGGUGGUCCAGUCCAAAGUGAAGAGCAUCAAGUACGAUGGAGGAGCUGAGACUGAUCCUCACUGGAGUCCAGAGAGCAAGAAGAUGAUUGAGUCUCUGGGAAAACUGGCUUUUGAGCAGCUGCAGAAAGGAAACCUGAUCUUCUAUGAGUCUGACCUGACAGAGUGUGGCAUCAACAUCAAGGAGGCCUCGGUUUACUCAGGAGUGUUCACACAGAUCUUCAGAGAGGAGAGAAGACUGUACCAGGACAAGGUGUUCUGCUUCAUACAUCUGAGCAUUCAGGAGUUUCUGGCUGCUCUUCAUGUCCAUCUGACCUUCACCAACUCUGGACUCAACCUGAUGAAAGAAGAACAAAACACAUCCUGGAGGGAUUACUUCUUUGGAAAAAACGAAGAAACACGUUUCUACCAGAGUGCUGUCGACCAGGCCUUACAGAGUCCAAAUGGUCACCUGGACUUGUUCCUGCGCUUCCUCCUGGGUCUUUCACUGCAGACCAAUCUGAAGCUGCUGAGAGGUCUGCUGACUCAGACAGAAAGUGACCCACAGACCCAUCAGGGAACAGUCCAGUACAUCAAGAAGAAGAUCAGUGAGGAUCUUUCUGCAGAGAGAAGCAUCAACCUGUACCACUGUCUGAAUGAACUGAAUGAUCAAUCUAUAGAGGAGGAGAUCCAACAGUCCCUGAGAUCAGGACGUCUCUCCAGAGAGAAACUGUCUCCUGCUCAGUGGUCAGCUCUGGUCUUCAUCUUACUGUCCUCAGAGAAAGAUCUGGACUUGUUUGACCUGAAGGAAUACUCUGCAUCAGAGGAGGCUCUGCUGAGGCUGCUGCCAGUGAUCAAAGCCUCCAAAAAAGCUCUGCUGAGUGGAUGUAACCUGUCAGAGAGAAGCUGUGAAGCUCUGUCCUCAGUCCUCAGCCCACAGUCCUCCAGUCUGAGAGAGCUGGACUUGAGCAACAAUGACCUGCAGGACUCAGGGGUGAAACUGCUCUGUGCUGGACUGAGAAGUCCACAUUGCAGACUGGAGACUCUCAGUCUGUCAGGUUGUCUGAUCACAGAGGAUGGCUGUGCGUCUCUGGCCUCAGCACUGAGCUCCUCCGGUCUGAGAGAGCUGGACCUGAGCUACAACCAUCCAGGAGAACGGGGAGAGAAGUUACUGUCUGCUGCACUGAAGGAUCAAGGCUGCACACUGCGGUUGGAUCAUGGUGGACUGCACAGACUGAAACCUGGGCUGAAGAAGUGGGCCUGUGAGCUGGAGGUGGACACAAACACGGUGAGCAAGAAACUCCGUCUGUCUGACCACAACAGGACGGUGACACAUGUGGAGGAGGCUCAGUCGUACCUCAAUAAUCCAGACCGGUUCACCAACUGGCCCCAGCUUCUGUGUAAAGGUGGUCUGACUGGUCGCUGUUACUGGGAGGUGGGGUGGAAAGGAAGAGCUGUUGUGUCUAUGAGUUGCAGAAAAAUCGGGAGAGGAAACAGUGUAAACUGCGUGUUUGGAUGGAACGAUCAGUCCUGGAGUCUGAUCUGCUCUCAGAAAGGUUACUGUGUCAGGCACGACAACAGAGAAACAAACCUCCCUCUCUCCUCCUCCUCCUCUUCCUCCUCCUCCUCCUCCUCCUCCUCAGGCAGAGUGGCAGUGUAUGUGGACUGUCCUGCUGGUUCUCUGUCCUUCUACAGAGUCUCCUCUGAAUCACUGAUCCACCUCCACACUUUCAGAACCUCCUUCACUGAGCCUCUGUAUCCUGGUUUCGGGCCCUGGUUAAAGGGUUCCUCAGUGUCUCUGGUACCCCUUUCCCACUAAAGCGGUCCUGGUGCUAGUUCUGGGCUGGUGCUGGUUGAGGGUUGGUUCUACUUGCGAACCUAUGGAGCUAUUAUUGUUGCAAAACUAUUUGUAACCGUGUAAAAUGAUCCACAAAUACGUAAACAGAUCUGAAAAUACUGAAAAGAUUUAAACUGCAGACACAAAUCCACAAACGUGUGCACAGACCUGUAAAUACAUAAAAUGCAUACUAAGAUCUGAUCAUGUGUACUCUGAACUGAAAAUCUUAAGACCUUUGCAAAUGCAUGCUUAUUUAUUAAUGGCUUAAAGUCUGAAAAGUCUAAGUAUUUUUGUUCCAAACUUAAAAAACACAUAAGUCACCGCUUACAACUCAUGCAGGCCUCUCAUUGGCUGCAGGUCUACACGUGACCUUUCACAGUUCUGCCAUGUGUGAUCCAUAAAUGCGUAAAAAAGACACUUGUGUGAGGCGACGGUUUUCAUGCCCCGAAGUCUCUUGUGGAUUCAUUCACACAUAUUUGUGGAUGUAUGUACACAGUUGUGAAUCUUUGUACACAUUAGUGGAUCAUUGGAAACAGUUACAUUUAGUUUUGCAACAAUAAUAGCUCCAUACGAACUCCCUAAGAACCAGUUUGCUUUUCCACAGACAAGGGCCAGGACAGAGCCACGUCACGAUAACCCCGCCUCCACCUCUGAUGUGAGCGUCUCGCUCUUCUAGCCCAACAAAUACCUCUUUUUUUCGACCAACACAAACUGGGUUGUAUUUCCGGGCUGGUGCUCGCGCUGGUUCGGAGCUGGUUGAACACACAUACUAUGUGUGAGCUGUAACUUUAAUUAAAAGUGAUUUUUUCUUCAACUACAGGUGAAAACUCAUGAAUGGCACCACGUUACAAUAUUAUUCAGUGAAAAAAUCACAAAUUUCAUGUUUUCCUGCAAAUUAUAAUACAUGUGAUCUGUUUGUCACUUUUGGCGUUCUCUCGCUGAGAUAAGCCUAUUUUGACACACAUACUAUGUGUAAGCAGUAACUUUAAUGCAAAGUGAUUUUUUCUUCAAUUACAGGUGAAAACUCAUGAAUGGCCCUAGUUUAGGGCCCGGUCUUGAACUGGUUAUAGAUUAGACACUGGCUCCGAACCAGCCCUGGAAGUGACUUGGUGGAAAAGGGAUUGUGUGAUCAGGAGGUCAGACAAACUCCGCUGACUGCAGCCAGAGGUUGAUCAACAGUCGGCUGACUUCGGUCUGAGGCUUCAUCCACACGUAUCUGGACAGCGUACUCCAAACUGUGUACGGGGUAGAGGUGGCCCCGAUUAAGAAUUUACUUAGUCCAAUGUGAUUCGUCAGAUUUUGCCUUUAGUCGACAAAUGGACAUAUGUGUUUUAUAUCUUCAUUCACCCGUAGUCUGCAUUAUGGUGACCGUUUGAUGAUAACACACGUAAACAUUUACAAUUAAGAGGCUCAUAGCUUAAAGUUAAAGAGGACCACAAGAGUAGAUAGGUAUACAACUUUUGUGUUUUAAAUCUAUAUUACACACAAAAACAAGGAGGCCAAAAACUGCCUCUGGCCUGCACACACAUAAUAAUGUUGAAAUUCUAUUCAUCCAUGAAAAUAAACAAAAACACAACAUCAAAUUAGAAAGGAAAAAACGUCCUAAUAAUGGGAUACACGUUAAAAUAGAACUUUGGGAGAUAUUUAAAUAUUUGUAUAAGGGUUUUAAAUCCCUUAGCAUUGCCUUUUAAAACAGUCUUUCAUCGCGUCUUUGUCCGCUUGAGUCUUUUCAAAUCUUACGCAAGGAAAACCAACGUGUUAACGGGCAGAAGUGCGUUACUUGCUUUGUUGACAAUAAGUCCUGCCUUGGAGGAUAUCCUCUGUGAUGCUUUGGAGGUGGAUGGGAUGCUGUGGAUUCUCUUUGCAGUUCAAGGUGGCUUUGGGUAUCCCUCCUCGUACUAUUUUUUGUGUGGUCCUGUAAGCCUUGAUCUCACAGCCCUCUUCAUGAAGCUGCUCCUCAUCUUCAUUACUAUUUUUAGGAUCACCUGAAGUUUUUUUGCCUCACAUUUUGAGUUACCAUGAAUCUAGAAAGAUUUAUAGGCCAGCUGAGGUAUCGCUGCUCCACUGGUCUCGCUAAAUGGAAGAGUCCACCUUUAAUUACCAGGGGAGAUUUAAAUACCACCUUAAGGAGAUUUAACACUUCAAUUAAGUAUUUAUAAGUUUAUAUUUAUAUCAAAAUAGGCUAUAUGAGACCUUAUUUAUACAGAAACAGGAAAAUGAUAUAGAAUUAGACAUUGGGCACCCCCAUAGUUUGAAUGGAAUGAUCUGUGUUUCAUGUAGAGAUGUUUAACUAAGGCUCUUUAGAACAAUGAAGAACAGCCAGGUGUCCUUCUACACAUGCUGUUAAACCUAACCAUACCGAGCAGACAUAAACAAAUUGGUAGCCGCCAUCUUGGCACCUGCUCAACACAUAUAAACAACCACAGCCAUGUGCAGGUAUGUCAGCGUUUCCCCAAGCGUUUGUUUUUUUCGUGAACACAAAAACAAAAAAAACUAACAUCUCCACCUGAGAGGCAUUUUUGAAACCCUCGGUGUCAGUGACCUAAAACUCUGGCUACCUGUUUACGUGUUUACGUGUUUACAUAAGACCAUACCAUAGAUACCGUAGAUAAAAAACAUGUUUUAUUAUCUCCAUGUGUGGACGGGGCAUGUGAGACGUCAGUACGGAGAGCACAAACCUGAGUCUCUGUGUAACAUGAGGGCUUCUCUCUGUAUAAAUCUAGUGUUAUAUAUACGUUAUAUAUUCCACCAUAAAGGAAAGACUUCGUAACGUGUCAAAUGUAUUCAGGGCCGGAGUGGGACUCAUUUUACACCCCAGAGUUUAAAGGCUCAGACCGCCCACUUUAACUGAACAUGGAUCUUUUUUGCCUUACAGUUAUAUUACUCUCUGAGUUAUUCACCAUGUGUCUUGUCAAACACCCAAACAUGUACCUUCAUUUAUCUGUGAACAGCACUGUUUUUCUGCAGUGUCAGCUUUAUUCAGCACCAAUGAGCCUAAGCCUACACGUACAAAACAAUAACAGUGUUAUCACUGCACUCACCUCUGAAACACCAACACAUCAAAACAUAUACUGAGCAUUGACUGAUCACUUAUCUCAUAGUUAUUAUAUAUUAUCUCAUCACUGUGUCAUAGUUAUUAUGUAUUAUCUCAUCACAUCACUAGUCUAAAUAACACAACACAACUUGUGGACUUGACAGCUAAGCUUGAACGUUUUUGUGUUGGUGUGGCACAUCUUGUAUCUUGAUGUUGACUGCUAGCUUACCUGUGUCAUUGCCACCUAAUAAAAGACUAAAUUACUUUGA